AUGGCAGCCAACUUCGCCCCAUACCAAGACAUUCCCGAAUCGUCACGCGCGCUCUCUCCACCGCCCGUCCACUCGCCGAGGACAUCUAUCGACCGCACACGUAACAUCACAUCGCCCACCACACGCGCAUACGAACAGCAUGACUACUUUCAAGGUCAAUCGCCUAUAUCGCCGCCCGCAGAACCCGAUACAGAGCGCAUAGCAUGGGACCAGCCUUCGCGGAGCACAGGCUUCGGCCGUUCGCGCGAGGAUGUAGACAUGUUCACAACGUCUUUAGGCUGGCGACUGGACUAUGAAGCGUGCCUGGCAUACCUUCUACUACCGCCAGCGGGUGGUGUGUUACUGCUGGUUCUGGAGCACCAAAGCGACUAUGUUCGGUUCCACGCCUGGCAAAGCAGCUUGCUGUUCGCUUUCGUCUUUGUGGUGCACAUUAUAUUCAGCUGGUCGAGCUUCAUCUCCUGGGUGCUGUUUAUCGGAGAUCUAGCGGGGAUAGGGUGGUUGACUUGGAGGGCAUAUCUGGAUGCCGCAACACUCGAUCGAUACGAAGUACCCUUCUUUGGCCCGCUGGCCAGCUCGAUACUCGAUGACGAAUAG